AUUUAUAAGUACAGAAGUUAUUUCCAAAAGUAGUUCAGUUUAAAUUAGAAUGGCUUUCAGUUUAAAAUUAUUUGUAGGAAUUUUAGGAUUUGUAUCUUGUGCAUGUGCUGUGCCUAGCGGCCGUGUUGUAGGUGGCGCAGAUGCUGAGAUUGGCCAAUUUCCUCAUCAAGUCUCAUUACAGCGUUCAGAUGGAUCCCAUACUUGCGGUGGAUCUAUUCUCAAUGAACGUUAUAUUUUAACUGCUGCCCAUUGUGUGGUAGUUGGAAAUGGUGUGGAACCUUAUCCUCCUCAAUACUUUCAAGUACGAGUCGGAAGUGUCCAACGUACCAUAGGUGGGAAGUUAGUGCAGUUAAAACGUAUAAUUGUUAACAAAUCAUAUGGAAACUUUUUGAAUGAUGUUGCUUUAUUGGAAUUGGAAGAACCAUUACUUUGGACAGAAAAUAUUAAACCAAUAGAAAUGGCUAACGCGGAAGUACCAUCUGGUAAAGAUGUUAUUGUAUCUGGUUGGGGACGUCUAUAUACAAACGGUCCAAUUCCUCAUCGCAUGCAAUGGAAUACAUUGAAAUCAUUAACAACUGAAGAAUGUCAGAAUGCUAUACAAUGGGGAUACGACAGUUUAAUAUGUUUGGCUCACGAACAAAACAACGGUGUAUGUAAUGGUGACUCUGGUGGCCCAGCAACAUAUCAGGGAAAAUUAGUCGGUGUCGCCGGUUUUGUUGUAGGUGGUUGUGGUACCAAAAAUCCAGAUGGUUAUGCCAAAGUUUUUUACCAUCGCCAAUGGAUCGAGAAAAAUAUGAUUUUAUGAUUUAAAUGUAUAUUAUAAAUGCAUGUACUCCAUAUAUGUAUGUAUACAUACUUA